AUGCCCGACGAAGAUACUUUGGCGAGCACCGCGCAUCCUAGUAUCACAAAGACACUUUGGCGCUACAGCAUCUAUGCUCAAGAGGAGAGAAAGGCGUUCAAGACGGCUGAUAUCUGGGUUGACCUCCUAUUUCCGUACUUUCUCGUCGAGGAUAUCAUCAGGAUCCGACAAGUCAACAAAUGGUUCUACAUUAUCACUCACCAACCAGUCAUCUGGAAACGAUUCCUGAAACGCAUCCGGAUUCCUACCCCGCACCUCCGCCCAACAUUCGACUACGUAGCCAACGUCGAGAAAUACGAAAUCGAGACUGUAGUAGUCACCGCCUGCGCAAUGGAGCGCGCGUGGCGGGGCAACUUUCCCAAAAUACGCAGCGAGCGCAUUUUGACCAGCCAGAGCAAGGUCGUCGACCUCAAGCUGCUCCCGGGCGGCAAGUUCCUCGUCGCAUCGAUUAAGGAUCGUUGCAAUUACCGGUUCUUUAUUAAUGUGUACGCUUUGGAUGUCAUGCAUGGUUCCAGGCUUAUUGCCCGUUUCCCGACUUAUUAUAAAGCCUAUGAUCUUCAAGCCAAGUAUAUGGAUUACAAGUCUGUCCCGGGCAUCAUGAUAUAUUAUACACGACGAAGGUUCAGAGGCGGGGUGCCUGCAAAUUUCAUGGAAAACAUUAACGAUUUUAAUCCACGAAAUCGAUAUCCAGUACCCCAUCCUCUGACUUAUGAAGCAUUCUGCAUCCACAUGCCAUUGGAGCCAGUCGAAAAGCUGAUUCACCCAGAUCUCGACCCCAUAACCAAGCGGUUCUCCUACUUGGGAAUCACAAGGCGUCUCGACCGUCCUUUCAUCGAUGCAUUGCGGUGGAGAUCGACCUCGGAAAUUCACUCGCCCUCGCUUCAGAACAUCAACGAUACCCCUUCAGUCAUCUUCGUAGAAGACGACGUAGGAUCUACAACUAUUCAAAUCGUCAACAUCAACGGCCUCUUUCGUGUCUCCAUCAUCUGCAAGGAACACCCCGCCUUUGUAGGCAUCCCCCAUCGCAUCCGCGCCGUUCGCUAUCUUCCAUGCCAAAAAGGUCUCCUGGUCAUCCGCACCCUCUGCACCAACCCCGCGCCCAAUCCAGAUGCUCAAGUCAUCAUCCUGUUCGAAAUAUACGACAUGCCCUCCGACGAAGGCGUCCACAUCCUGGACCCCAUCGAACAAUGGGAGCGCCAAGACACAUGGCAGCUAGACGGCGAAUUCGUCAUCUCCGACGCCGAGUUCGGCAAAGCCAACGAGGAGCAUCCGGACGUCAUCCUGCGCGACGCAGGCCCGCCCACCAUCUGGGUCUUCGCGCCGUCCGCGAACCCGAAAGGCUGCGCGUACUGGUGGAUCAGGGCGCAGCGCACCGCGCACGGCUGGCGCUACUCGGAGACGGACUCUACCUCGCACCACCAUGCCAACGACAAGUUCCACGAACGCGCGCUGCCCGGUGCGUUCCGCACGCUCUUUCUUGAGAUCAACGAUGAUAUCUCAGAGGCCAAGUUCCUCAAGCGCAUGCGCCGGUUCCAGUGGCCGGAAAAACGUCUGGGGAGGAUAAAUCCUAACCCUUUGGCUAAUAUAACGUAUCCGAUCACUGAAGUCCCAGCAGAGAACUCGCGGGCGUUGGACGACAUCAUGUUUUCUGAAGAUGUCGGGCAUGAUAUUAACCGCGGGGGAGGUCUUGUCGCCUCGGCUUGGGACGAGACCAGCGGCAAGAUCUGCGUCGCUGCGGAGAACGAAGAUUUUAUCAGGCUGCUGGAUAUUGCCCCAGUUGUCGAGCCUCACCUUCGCCUUGCUCAUAAAUGGGAACUCAAAGUCAUUGAAGAUGAUACAUUGGAGCCGCCCAAGCAGGCCGACCAAGUCAUGUCACUCCCUCCUCCCCCAUCGCCAAGCAUCCUCCAGUCACUCGACUUUAUAUCGUUUUUGCGCUACAGCAUACUGUAA